UUCUGAUACAAUAUUAAAUAUAUAAAUAAUACAAACUGAAUUCCUAAUCGGAGUUCUUUUUAUAAAUUUAUUAUUUAUUUAUUGUGGAAGAAGAAGAAUAAAAUAUGGGGAUGUCUAAAAGUAUCAAGGUUAUUCUAUCUCUUGCUCUCGUCGUGUUUUUGGCCCUUGCAUCAAUCAAGGUUGAGGCCACAAGAUACAUAACUUAUCCUAGUAUAAAUCAUGGAGAUCAUGCUACACAUUGUGAUAAAGCCCACCCUAACACGUGCAAGAAGAAAGAAGCAAAUCCUUACAAAAGAGGAUGCGAAAUACUCGAACGUUGCCGUGGUGGAUCCACCCCAAGAGCAUAAAAUAUACAUCAAUACAUUAUUUAUAUACACACUUGACAUCCUCAUAUUCAUUUUUAAUGAGAUUAUUUAUAGUCUAUUAUUGGCUUUGUAAUUGAUGUAACCAGAUGAUGUUAUGAUCAAUCAUAUAUAAAUAUACUUUAGUUAUUA